AUGACAAUAAUUUUAAUUUUAAAUAAUAAUAAAAUAUUUAUCACCUUUUUAGUUGGUUUGAUUAUAUCGAACAUUGGUGGAUUCUUCAGUUCUUUAUCUGGAAUUUAUGUAUUUUUAUUCGGAGCAUCUAAAUUAGCACCAUGGGGAUUUUUGCAAACAAGUUUGUUUAAUUGCCUAUGUACAGGGUACCGAAGAGAAUUCGUAAGGAAACUUAAAAACAGAUACGAAACAAUUCCAUUCGUCAGUGGAAGAAUUAAAAAUGUUACUUUGGAAGAACGUAUUCAAAGUAUCGAAAAAUUGCUUGAAGAAUAUUAUCUUAAUACGGAUUUUUUGAAUUUAUUAUUAGAGGACAAUUGUGAAAAAGAAAUAUCUUCGGAAAGUCCUAGAUCAACUCCUGAAGUAGUCGAUGAUGAAAUCGAUGAUAAAGUCGAGAUUAUUACUGCGGCAUAA